CGUGGCCUCGCCUUCCCCUCAGAUUCUCCUCAGAGACUCUUUUCCCUCAGAGCGUCUCUGGCUCGGGAGGCGAUGGCGGCGAAGCGGCGGGCGGUGCUCUUCGACUUGGGCGGCGUCCUCUUCGGCAGCGGCCUCCCGGGAGUCUUCCGGCAGCUGGAGCCGUCGCUGGGCCUGCCCGGCGAUUUCUUCCAAAAUGCUGCCUUGCAAGGAGGUAUUGAUGGACACGUCUCCAAAGCGAUGACGGGCCAGAUGGCACUCACUCAGAUGAUGGCCGACUUUGAAGAAGACUGUAAGAAGGCUGCUGGUGCCUCUGGAGCCUCCCUCCCAAAAGAGUUCUCGGUGGCUCAGGUCGUUGAGAAAUUGAUGGAGGAACAUUCCUUCAGUACCCCUUUCCUGCAGGCAGCUGUGAGGCUCAGGGAGAACGGCUUCAAGACAGCUGUCCUGACCAACAACUGGGUUGAUGACAGCCACUUCAGGCACCGUACUGGGCUUGCCCUCUGUCUGCUGAACAGAUAUUUUGACCGGGUGAUUGAGUCAUGCCGUGUCGGUCUGCAAAAGCCGGAUCCCAAAAUCUAUGAGUAUGCGCUGGAUGUGCUGAAGGUGAAACCUGAAGAGGUUAUUUUUCUGGAUGACACUGGCGCAAACCUGAAGCCCGCUCGGGAGAUGGGCAUGGCCACCAUCCUCGUGAAAGAUUUUGACUCGGCUCUGAAGGAGCUGCAGGACCUGACGGGGGUUCAGCUUCUUGAGCAGGAGGAAUGCCUUCCGCCCGCCUGCGAACCGGAGAGUGUGGUCCACGGCUAUGUGACUAUCAAGCCUGGUACCCGUCUGCACUUUGUGGAGCUGGGUAGUGGCCCGGUCGUUCUGCUGUGCCAUGGCUUCCCAGAGUCCUGGUUAUCUUGGAGGUACCAGAUCCCAGCUCUAGCUGACGCUGGCUUCCGUGUCAUUGCCGUGGAAAUGAAAGGAUAUGGAGACUCCACAGCUCCCCCAGAGAUAGAGGAAUAUUCCCAGGAAGAAAUAUGCAAGGAUCUGCUGGUCUUCCUGGACAAAAUGGGCAUCGCCCAAGCUACCUUCAUCGGCCACGACUGGGGCGGUGUCACGGUGUGGCACAUGGCUCUUCUUUACCCAGAGCGAGUCAGGGCAGUGGCUGGACUGAAUACUCCCUACAAGCCUUCAGAUCCCACAGUGGAUGUAAUGAAAAGGAUUGAAUCCAUACCUGUCUUUGAUUAUCAGCUCUACUUCCAGGAGCCAGGAGUUGCGGAGGCUGAACUGGAGAAGGACAUCAGCAGGACCCUGAAGUUCAUGAUCCGGUCGAUCCGGAAGGAGGACAAGAUAAACGGCCCUUCGCUUGAUGUCAGGAAAUGCCGGGAGCGAGGAGGACUGCUGAAAGGACUUUCCGAAGACGCACCCUCAAGUUCUCUCCUGCCAGAGCCUGUGCUGCAGUACUAUCUCCAACAGUUUCAAAAAUCUGGAUUUAGAGGACCACUGAACUGGUACCGAAACAUGCAGGCGAACGUGCGCUGGGGAUCCCGUGCAAGGAGCUGGAAGAUCAGAGUUCCUGCUUUGAUGGUCACUGCUGGGGGGGACGCAGUCCUGUCCCCGAAAUUGAGCAAAGGCAUGGAAGAAUGGAUUCCACAUCUGAGCCGUGGGCACAUUGAAGAGUGCGGACACUUCACGCAGAUGGAGAGGCCUGCGGCUUUGAACAAGAUCCUCAUCGAGUGGUUGCAGGGCGUUCACAAGGAUGUUCCACUGCAGUCGAUGGCCAAGCUCUAAGCAGGACCCGGGCAACAAA